CGCAUGCUCAGUUACCUUAACAACAGACUCUAGUCGAUGUCGACAAAUUCGGGGAAGAAGCUCAGAUUCUUACACGAGUUUAGACACUGAAUUUACGAAAAUGCCGGUUAAGGCUCCGGCAAAAUCUAAACAGGGUGGAGGGGGCACGAGCAGUCUGAAGGUGGGCAAAGGACGUCCUCCUAGAGUCAGCAUGGGGGGAGCAAAAGUAGCUCUCAAGGAUGAUAUCAGAGAUGACGUCACUGAGAUUGGGGAAGGAGGCCACGGUGAGGAAUGGAUGCAGACCAAAUCUCUCAUCAAGCCUGACGAUCAGCUGGAUUUGUCAGAAGGUGAGCUGAAGGAGGAAUUCACACGCAUUCUGACAGCCAACAAUCCCCACGCACCACAAAAUAUCGUCCGGUACAACUUCAAGGAUCGUUCCUUCAAGCAGACGUCUCAUGUGGACCAGUUGGCCAUUCAUUUCUCUCUGGAUGGCAACAUGAUCCACAAAGACUCGGACGAGGCCCGGCGACAGAAAGCCAAAUAUGGUGCAGCAGAAAAAUAUCUCUUCACGAAGAGAAUGAAGAGCGGCGCUGUGAGCGACCAGGCCAUCAGCGAGGCGGAAGAGGAAAAGAAAGAUGAAGAAGGCGAAGAGAAAGCCGAGGUGGAAGAAGGUGCUGACAAGAGGGACGAGGAGAGCACCCCAGCCCCUCCCAAGGGAGGCGACAAUAAGAAGCUGACUAACCAGUUCAACUACAGCGAGAGGGCUUCCCAAACCUACAACAAUCCCUACAGAGAACGGGCCACCCAGACGGAGCCACCGCCCAGAGCCAACUUCUCCGCCACCGGUAACCAGUGGGAGAUCUACGAUGCUUACAAGGAGGACCAGGAAAAACAGGCUGAGGAGAAAGCCAAGGAAAAGAAGCAAACCUCCAGCAAGAAGGAAGAGGGAACCGUUAAGAAGAAGCUGACGGCCAUGGAGACACAGACGGACGAUGUCUCCCGCAUCAGCCACGCCGCUAAGAUCGUUGAGCGCAUGGUCAACCAAAACACAUUCGAUGAUGUCUCACAGGAUUUCAAGUACUGGGAGGAUGUAUCUGAUGAGUACCGGGACUCGGAGGGUACCUUGCUGCCACUCUGGAAGUUCAGCUAUGAUAAGGCGAAGCGACUGGCCGUCACGUCACUGUGCUGGAACCCCAAAUACAGGGAUCUGUUUAUUGUCACCCACGGUUCCUAUGACUUUAUGAAGCAGUCCCGAGGCAUGCUCCUGUGUUACACCAUGAAGAACCCCUCCUACCCAGAGUACGUCUACCCAACCACCAGCGGGGUCAUGUGCGUGGACGUCCACCCUGAGCACCCAUACCUCGUAGCGGUUGGGUUCUACGACGGGUCAGUGGGCGUGUACAAUGUGACAAACAAGGAUAAUAAACCCAUAUAUCAGAGCACUGCUAAGACGGGCAAGCACACAGAUCCGGUCUGGCAGGUGGCUUGGCAGAAGGACGAUCUGGACAACAACCUCAACUUCUUCUCUGUGUCAUCCGAUGGCCGCGUGGUGGCUUGGACCCUAGUCAAGAAUGAGCUAACGUACACGGAUGUGAUCCAACUGAAACUAGACGAAGCUCCCCAGGAAGGCCCUGAGGGAACUCAGCUCACACCACUGGGCUGCGGCACAUGCUUCGACUUCCACAAGCAGACAGACUACCUCUUCCUAGUGGGUACCGAGGAGGGGAAGAUCCACAAGUGCUCCAAGGCCUACUCCAGCCAGUUCCUGGACACGUUUGACGCCCACCACAUGGCCGUCUACAAGGUUCACUGGAACUACUACCAUCCUAAGAUCUUCAUCUCUUGCAGUGCUGACUGGACCGUCAAGAUCUGGGACCACACCUACAAGAAUGGAGCCAUGUUCACCUUUGACCUGGGAAGCUCCGUGGGUGAUGUAGCCUGGGCCCCAUACUCCUCAACCAUCUUUGCAGCAGUCACAGCGGAUGGAAAGGUGCACGUGUUUGACCUGAGCAUCAAUAAAUACGAGCCAAUCUGUGAGCAGGCCGUCGUGCAGAAGAAAAAGACCAAGCUGACGCAUAUCACCUUCAACCCCAACCAUCCCAUCGUCCUAGUCGGUGAUGACAGGGGCUACGUAACCAGUCUGAAAUUGUCACCAAACCUAAGGAAAGUUCCAAAGGUCAUGAAAAAGUUGGACAUGCAGAUGGCGAUGCAUCAACAGGACAAGAAGGGACAGGAGUUGCAGCGAGGACCGGAGCAGGAGAUAGCUAAGAUGGACAAACUGCUGGCUCUGGUACGUGAACCAUCCAACAAGGACAACUGAGAGAGAGAGGAUUCAAAACUGCCCAGUAAUAGGUUGACCAAAGACUUUCCAUGGUAUAUAUCAAGCAGGGCUGCCAAGAUUCUUCCAAAAUAAGCCUUGUGGUACUUUGUGUCCUCUUUGUACAAAUGUAUUAUUCAAAUAAUCUGGUUGCAAAGUGCUUUUUAGACCGUCACCCUGCCCACUUGUUGGUACAUAUGUAUAUGAAGUACGUGCAUAUGUUUUGAAUCUAAUUCGCGUUUUUGAGAUACAGUGGACACAGAUAGUACUGUUUGGUUUGUGUAUUUCUAUUUCUAUACAAAAAAGCGCUCUCCUGUUUUGUCCGCUAUAUCUCAAAAAUGCUGAUCAUCAAUAUGCAUUGUACAAUGUACAUAAUUGUUAAGAAUUCGUCAUUUCAUCUAAUGGAAAACUGUUGAGGGUUUUAUUGAACCUUUCGAAGAAACAUAUUGGAUAUACAGGGGCUUAACAUGACACUUUGAAGUGGAAUUAAGUGAAAUUACCCAUUGUAAAAGUUGUUUCUCCUAUGUUCUUUGAUUUUCACAUAUAUGUAUUUUUGCUCAUAUGUAUUGUCAACUAAAUUUAACGCUUGAUAUUGAAUGCAAACUUUCUGAAUUCAAUCCAGUUCCAUUUUUUACAAAGUAAUUUGUAAAUUUGUGUACAUUGUUUUCCGCCAGUUGCAUUGUAUUUAAUAAGCAUUUAUUAUUGAACUGUAUACUAUCACAAAAAUUGAGAAAAAAAAUUCCAUCCCAUUCCAGUACAAUAAAUUGUAUGGUAAGGUGUAUAUUAAAAUAUUUUAUCCGUCCACAAUAUGUAAAUAUAUAAAAACACUUUAACAUGAAAGGUGAAAACAAGAUUUAAAAAAAGUUCAAGUUCACUGUGGUUUAUUCCAGUUUCAACUUGUGAGUCCGUCCUUUUUGAUACUGACAGAUUAAACUACCUUGGUUUAAUAUGUUGAUUUUUUAUUCUUCCUGUAAUUUUAUUUCUUCUGCCAGUUUGAUAAGUUGUAUUAAUUGUAAAACAGUUUGUUUUAAUGGUGAUUAGAGUAAAGAAAUAUAAAGCAACAUACAUUUCUUGAUUAAUAAAUGCAGAUAAUAAAACCUUCCAAUGCGAGUUGAACUGAA